UGUCCAUCGCAAAGCUUAUUUCGAGCUCGACUAGUCAUUGUUCCCCCUUCUCGGUGACUUCAACGUCUCAACGAUUAUCCGCCCGUCUCCGACUUUCUCGAUUUAUCCACUCUUGGCUCUUUGACUCGCGUCUCAGCAGCAGUCUGCGCAGGAGCAUAUUCGGACUAGCAUCGCUCGACAGAUUGUCUUCAAUCCACAGCAUUAAUAAUUGCUAGACAUGUCGAACAUGUACGGAGAGCUCGGAAAUAAGUUGGUUCAACACGCCAAACGCACCCAAGCUUUAACCCAUCUUCCUCCCUAUCAGACCGAACUCGUCCGCGCCGUCGCUCGCGAAGUCCGCGAUCUGGAUCGUGACGUCGCGCGCCUUCUGACUCCCUUCGAAGGCAGCUUCAACCCGUCCCAGCAACCUGCCGUUGCUUGCGCCCUCCUCGUCGACCACCUCUGUAUGCGUCGCAACAAGCGAUGUCUUCUCGCCUAUCAUCGCGUCCGCGCGGAGAAGCUGGAAGAGCUCUGCUGGACGGGUGUGGACGUGCUAGAACAGCAGCUGCCUGUGGCGGAGGAGGUAAAUGCAGGAGCGGCGGCGGCGGCACUGGGCCAAGGUGCUGGCGCGGGGAUGAACCACAGCUCGCUGAGCCCGGAGGAGGAGGAGUAUUUCCGAAAAUACAGUGACUUGCUAGCCGCAUACAAGGGUCAAUGGACGGACAUUGACCUCACGGGGAGCUUGGAACCACCUAAGGAUCUGUUCAUUGAUGUGCGGGUGUUGAAGGAUGCAGGGGAGAUUCAGACGGAAUAUGGAGUGAUCAAUUUGACGAAGAAUAGUCAGCUCUACGUACGACAAGGGGAUGUGGAACGAUUAAUCGCUCAGGGAUUUCUGGAACGGUUGGGAUAGACUGCUGUGCCUUUAUGGACGACAGUGAUGAUGUCGAUGAUCCUCCGAUGCUGCCGCUGCUUUUUGUGUUACAUGAUAC